AUGGCUUCUGCUCAACUGUUCCAACGCUGGGAUCUUUGGGCCAACUUCGCAGGCCUGAAGAAUUAUGGUGGAGGCAAGAUACCGCCGACAUCGAUCCGGCUGAAGUCCAACUUGAGAGCCGCCAGUGGCCCUAACGCUGUCUUCCUUUAUAGUGGCGCGUCUGAUUACCUUCUUCAAUUCAUCAGGGAUACAAGCCCCUACGAUCCCGUCCUUGAGCUUCGGCUCUCACUUUACGUCAACAGCAAGCGUCCCACCGAGGUCCUCUCACUUUGGUUUCGGCAGAUCAUCGACGAUGACCAAUCCACGGCAUUUCCACGCUCUCACAGUCAGGUCCCUCUACUUACGUUCUCCGAUCCAUUGAUGGCAAACAUGCCUCGCGGGCCCUUCUCCUUCUCGUCUUCUCUCAUGGAAUUCCAGUACAAGGAUUUCUCAGAGCGUCUGCUGAAAAACCAGAUGAAGGCCCUGGAUUCUCAAGCCCACGCUACGACCUAUCAGAAGGCGUUCGGAAAUUUCAACACGAACAACCUCUGUCCAGUCGAAAAUGCGGCUAAAACCUUCAGCAAGGCCAACCAGCAAUAA